UCACUAAAACGUGGUAUAUAUGAUGAAACAAAACAAAUUAUAUUCAUCACAUUGCUGCAUUAAACACAACUCUACUGAAUCAAACUUUUCAUACUGUGAAAGUUACACAAAUAAGGCAAUUACAGCUGUAAUGAUGAAUGAUGCAAUGCGUUACUGUUGACAUUGACCCUGGUAGGUGCGACAUAUAUAGUGCCGAUCGAAAUCAUUACGCAGGUAAACAUGAUGCCUUAAAAUAGUUAACUAGCACAAAUAAUUGCUAGAUAAAAAUAUUUUCUGAUCUGAAUUUCAUAAAAUAUGUUGCAUUUCACUUUCACAAGGAAGGAUAUAUCAAAUGAAGAACGUUUGCCGCCAUACUCGAACUAUGUUUUCAUGCGGAAGUAAAUAUCCAGCGGGAAUUUUCCGGAACUUCCGAGAAACGCAAAAGAAAGAAAACCAUAUGACAAAAUGAAUCCCCAGUCAGUUCAAUUUUCAAAGUUCACAACAAAGGAAUGAAAUCAUGAAUAAUUUGAGGAAAGAGUCUGAGAGUAUUGCUAGAAUUUCAAACGAAACUGGAGAAAGUAAACCUUCUGUUAUAGAGAAAACGGAUCACGAAAAACGGCGUGGGUGUUCUUGGUCAAUGUUAAGGUGGCCGUUUCAUAAUCCAUUUGAGUGUGUUGAGUUUAUACCCGUGGAGUAUAGUGAAAGGUUGAAAGAUCUUAUUCCUGACGAAGAAGAAGAAGAUAAUAAGACAGGGACAUAGAACAUGUGAGACAUGAACCCAUAUGGGAAGACAAAGAAUUGGUUGUGCCGCCGGUCUGACCACCUUGAUACGCCUUUAGCUAGUGGACGGUCGGUGCCUAGUCUGUUAAGACUCGAUAGUACGGGUGAAAGAGACUUUCGUAGUUCUACGGGUAAUAACAUGGCUUCUUGCUUUGUGAAAACUAUCGGUGGAAUUACACAGAGAAACAAUAUGUUUGCAAAAGAUAACGUUAGUGGUGAUGUAUCUGAUUUUCCAAUUUUACAAAAUUCCUAUCAUUGUGUUUGUGAUAAAAAUAUGGCAGCAAAAGACAAUAUCUCGCUUACCAAGCCGCCUACUUCCUGUUUAGGGAGUUUCCAGGGUUUGGCUGGAUGUUUGGGUUUAAAUACUGGUAGUCCUAUAUCUCAACAUCCAACAUUGCAUCAGGGUCAGUUUCAAGUCCCUUAUGUUCAGUUUCAUCCAGCAGUUGUGAGUGACUUUCCCCAACAGACUCAAUCAGCAAGAAAACAGUUUGUGAAAUGUCAGAGUCAAAGGACUGGAAAGAAAAGUAAUCGUUAUAUCCGUUAUGGAUGGAGAUCCCCACCAAAGAAAUCUAACCUCGAGGGGGAAAAGGCAAGUGCUCAGACAAAAUCUGAGGACAAUGCAGUAUGUAAAAAGCAGAAAUGUGAUAAGUUGGAACGUGUUCAACAAGCAGGGAAAAUGAAACUAGAGAGUGAUUCAAAGAAUGAAGAUAAAAUCAAAUGCAGUGAUAUUAAAAGUAGAGAAUGUUUAUCUAGUCAAAUGUCUAAUUUAAGUCUUGGCGAAAGUGUAGCAAUAAAAAAGGCAUUAAAUGAAGGUACUAAACCCAUUUCAGUUAGUCCUGAUGCAGAAAAACCGAAACCUGAUUGGUUUAGCAUUGACAGACGAGAUUCAGAAACCAAACUGUCGCCGUCAAAGAUGACAGUGUGUGAUAAUUGGGAUGAUGAAAUAUGUGAAGAAAUUCAGUCAGAAAAUACAAAACUACAAGAAGAUAUUUUGGAUCUAUUGGCAACUGAUGAUAUCAAUAUCAACUCGGAGUCCAAUGUCCAACCUGGAAGGCUUUCUCAAUCUUCAGAAAUUAAUGGACCUCAAAAUGUCAUUGUGGAAAGUGAUUGUGAAAAUACUUGUGUGAGCAGGUCUUUGGUAAACGGUGACGAGACUCAGAAAGAUGAUACAGAUAUCCGUACUUCUAUAUGUCAAAACAAUGAGCCACAUGCAGUAUUGUAUCAACGCAAUAGUAAUAAGAAAUGUCGUCCCUCCAACAAGAAACGCAGUCGAAGGAAGAGCAGCAAACAUUCCAAGUCUUUCAAAUGUGAAGUUCAGGGCCAGAAAAGAAAGUUAGAAAAUGAAAGUUCUUCUCAAUCUGGUGCUAGUUCUAUCGCCUUUAUCCUGGGAAAUUCUGUUCCCUCUAUGCUGGACAGUGAUAGUGACUUUUCAUUUGACAGUGAUGAAGAUUCGUCCGAGUCCGCUGAUGAUGAUAUUGACUUUGUCAAUCACUUUGCUGAGCCUCUAUGCUUGAAUGUUGUCAGUCCCUUUGCUGAGCCCCUAUGUGUGAAGGUGAUUUUUCCAGCCAAAUCAAAUUCAUUCCAUGAGGUCAGCGAAGCAGUUAGAGCUGCCAAUCGUGCCUGGCAAAUCAGUCUCCAACAGUCCAGUCCCAAAACUGCCCAAGAGGGGGAUAAAAAGGUACAUUUUGCAACACCAGAGAACUUGACAGAAACUCAUGCAGCAGAUGAGUGGAUCCGCAAAGGACCUUGGGAAGAGUAUGCACGGGACAGGGAGCGCUUCCGUCGGAAGAUUCAAGAUUUGAAGCGGGUGCUUGAUCCUGUUCUGGCAAAUGAUCAUCGUCAACAUGUGUAUUCUACACUACACUGAACAUGAUUUAGGAUUUGGUUGUGAAAAAAUGAUAACAUGGAGUGCAGAUAUUGUAUAUCUCAAUAUUCAAGUGAAUGCAAAUACAUCAUCAAAAUUUAAUUAUGCACAUUUUAGAUUUUCCAGGUUUAGUUGGUUCCAAUCAGUAUGCUCAUGUUGAUUACAGAAUAAUUAUGAAACAUUUUGCAAUGAUUGCUUUUCUAAUCUGAAACGGUUCUCUAUCUUUUUGCUGCUAUCUUCAACAUACAUUUUAUGCAUAUGUUUUUACUUAUAUGGUGUUACUAUUAUGUGUAUUUAGCAUUAAAAUAUUUAUUCUUC